AUGCUUUCAACGACACAUCUGACGUCACCAGAGCAUCAGAAUGACAUCAGGGAAGCAACUACACGAAGAAUACGUCGACAGAGUACAAGUUAUUCUUUUUUGAAAAAAUUCGCUUCUACCGUUAACUAUGUGGAGUUUUACAUAAUAUAAAAGUAAACGCAGUCAAAAAUACGCUUCACUGACUGUCCUAAUACCUUGCGUCUUCAAAAAAUGACAUUUUUAAAAAGAAAAAUUGUCUCAUAACUUAGGAACUCCAGAGUAGACCCUUUAGAGACCAAUUUACCAACCCCUGGAGGGGCCACUAAAGCUUGCGAAAGUGGUCCCUAUAGGGGUAAUGCUAGUCGAUAAUUUUCAUGAGAAGAAGCAUAUCUAUGCGAAAAACUAAAUAAAUGAAAUUGAGAGACCCCUAUAGGGACCACCUGAGCUUAAGGGGUUGAGGUUUCAGACUCUAAACCAUUAUAGGGACCACUCUGGACUUCCUAAGAAGAAAAAUUGAAAAAUAUAGUCAAAAGUUCUUCAUCUCAAUGCUUUCCGUUCUCUCAUAAUACCAAAAAUGGAGGAAAAGCUUCUAAUGAUAAGAAUUAUCGAAAAAGUUUUUAGCCAUGGCUGACGAUUAUUGUUGCUGCGACGCCUGGCGACCUACGAUCUUCAUUUUUUCAAUAUUUAUUUCUCUAAUGAUUAUACUCUUCUUAUGUACCCAUCAAGUACAAGAAGGGAAUGUCGCUGUCUACUAUAGAGUGAGUUUUUUUUUUCUUCAAAUGGCCGCAUUUGGAAUAGCUGAGUCGCGGUCGAGACAUUCCAAAUGAUCUUAUUUCCAGGGCGGAGUUCUAUUAGACACUGUUAACGGGCCAGGUUUCCAUUAUAAACUUCCAUUUGUAACUUCAUUUAAAAUUGUCAAGGUUUGUUGCUUUUCUCGUCUGAUCAUUGCUCAUAUUACUCAGGUAGUGCCUCGGGAAUUUCUUAUUUCCGACGUCCGAUGUGGAACUUCUAGCGGGAUAGUUUUAGUUUUCGAGAUGAUUAAAGUGAUUUCUCAGCUACAAAUCAAUGCAGGUUCGUUGUGGUUGCAUAGGGAAUGGCUCUUUUUGCGCCCGACUCUCCGUAACUUUCGCUCUCUCGCUUCUAGCUACUGGUCUCAACUAUUUGUUGGAUUUUUACUGAUAAAUGAUAAUUUUUUCAGGCUCAGUUUUUUACGCUGGUUCAUCCGAAUAAGCUUGAAAAACGAAUAAACUUGAAAAAUCCCCAAAAAAAAACCACCCUUUACACCGUCCAAAAAUGGACUCAAUCUCAUUUUUCCAACUUUCACAGCCUAUUACUCUUCCCACAGGUCCUUCACUCCUUUUCUGAUCACAGAUUCAGAAUCAGCAUGAAAAACUGCGUUCACUGAUACUAUUCUCCAUAAGGAGAUCCAUUUUGAGUUGAGGCCAUCUCUUAGAAGGUCGAUCCAUUCCAAAUGCGACCACGGGUUUUCAAAAUCCCUUCUUUCAGUUCACGAGAUCGUCAAGCACUACUCAGUGAACUACGAGAAAUUAUUGAUCGACGAGAAAAUUCGCCUACAAAUCAAUCAUUUCUGCAGCAAUCGUACGGUUCACGAGGUCUACGUCGAUGAUUUUGGUAGAAAAAAAAUAUUUUGAAAAUUUCAAAAAUCCAGGUUUUCAGGUAGGAUCGGCGAGAUCUUAAGGAAUAUCCUAAACGGGGAUUUAUUACCGAAUAUCGAAAUAAUGGGAGUUCGGGUUGAAAAACCGACGAUUCCACGGCUUAUCAGGGACAAUUAUGAGCAAAUGGAAAUUGAAAAAGUGAGGAAAGUGCGCCCUAAUGAUAAUCUAGACAAUUUCUUUUUUCAGACUCGAGUUUCAAUCGCUUUGGAGCACCGGAAAGCCGUAGAAACUGAGGCAGAAACGAAGAAGAAUAAGGCAAUUAUUGGUAGUUUUCUAAUUUUGGAAUAAUUUUUAAAAAUCAAAUUUUAGAAGCCGAGACGGUCGCAAAAGUGGCGACAAUCCAAAAUAGAAUCGAAAUCGAUCAGAAGAAAAAAGAAUGGGAGAUGAAAAAGUUUGAGGCCGCUAAAGUUGAAGGUGAGAGGAUGAAUGGCAAAAACGCUGAGAGGGAUCGAACCUUUUUAAUCCUAAAUACCUUCUACUUAACACAAAAUCAAGUGGAAACUCUUCUAACUAAUUUUCCUUUUAUGGAAAAAAUGGCAAAAACGCUGAGGGGGAUCGAACCUGGGACCUUUUUAGCGUGAAGCUAGAUUUAAACCCACAAAAAAAUACAAAAAAUAGAGAACGUCUAGCUACUCAUUUCCCAUGAGAAAAUUUAGUCAAUUUUUUUUUGAUUAUGAAUCGAAAAAAAGCAAAAACCUCGACAGGAGUCGAACCUGUGACCAUUUGAGCGAGACCAAGAGCUCUCUGAACCUGAAAAAAGCCAAAUCUGCAAAAAAAAAACAUCGGGAGGAGUCGAACCUGGAUACCCACUUUCCAAGCCAAGGUCCUAGCCCACUUGACCAUCCAUUUUCAGAAAAACAACGAGCCGCCGCCGAUUUGACCUAUUACCUGGUUCAAAAAGAAGCUAUGGGCAAUAAGAAAUUAUUAACACCGUGA